UGCUAGUUGAAUAUAAUGUUGAGGGAGAGGAUGAAUGACAGCUUGUUACUUAAGUUUAAAACCUGCAGCAGAAAUCUUAAAACUCCUAAUACUAAUAGUUCUAUCUUUAUGGCACUGAGAGGGAUUAAAGUGAUUGAACUGAGUGGCUUGGCUCCAGCUCCAUUUUGUGGUAUGGUCCUUAGUGAUUUUGGUGCAUCUGUCUUGCGUAUUGACCGGCCUCAAACACAGUUAGAUAUUGACACCCUUGCAAGAGGAAAGAAAUCAGCUGCAAUAAACAUAAAACAGCCUGAAGGUGUUAAAAUACUCAAACAGUUAUGUUCUCGAGCAGAUGUGUUGAUAGAACCAUAUCGAAGAGGUGUAAUGGAGAAGUUAGGACUAGGGCCAGACAUAUUGCUGAAAGAUAAUGCUCAGCUUAUCUAUGCAAGAUUAUCUGGUUAUGGUCACACUGGCCAGUAUUCAUCAAAAGGAGGCCAUGAUAUUAACUACUUGGCUAUUUCAGGAAUUUUAUCUAUGCUCGGAAAUGCUAAUUCUAAUCCUAUACCACCACUUAAUCUUCUUGGUGAUUUUUGUGGAGGUGGACUAAUGUGUGCACUCGGAAUUUGUCUUGCUCUUUAUGUUAGGACUCAAACUGGUGAAGGCCAAGUAGUUGAUGCCAGCAUGGUAGAAGGCAGUACAUACUUAGGAAGUUGGUUGUGGACAUCUAGAUCUAUUAAGUCUCUUCCAUUAUGGACACAACCACGAGGGAAGAACAUGCUAGAUGGUGGAGCUCCAUUCUAUAACACUUAUUCCACCCAAGAUGGAAAAUAUAUGGCUGUAGGAUCAAUUGAACCCAAGUUUUAUAGUGAACUUUUAAAAGGUCUUGAUUUAAAAGAGGAAGACUGUCCACAGUUUAAUAACUGGCCUGAAACACAUAAAAAAUUUAUCAGAAUUUUUGCUACCAAAACCCAAGAAGAAUGGUGCCAAAUUUUUAACAAAUUAGAUGCUUGUGUAACUCCUGUGUUAUCACUACAAGAAGCCUCUAGCUAUGCUCAUAACUGCAGUCUGGAAACUUUUAUGAAGGAUUCAGUACAACAAAUGUCCAUUCCAAGACCUGCUCCUAAGCUUUCAAAGUCACCAUCUAUUCCUUCUUUAAUUCAACCAAUCAUUGGUCAGCAUAGUGAAGAAGUUCUAUUGGAACUAGGAUAUACCAGAGAAGAAAUAAGUGAAUUAGUCAAAAAGGCAGUGGUUGAAAUAAGUGGAACCAAAUCUAAACUAUAAUUUUUUAAAGUCUGUAACUUGAAUCAUAACGAUAGAAAAUGUUUUUGUCAUAAUUAAUGGAAAAUAAUUAAGCUGACUUGAAUGAAAAUAUUGUAUACAAGUAUUUUUAGUUGUAAUUCAUGGACAAUAACAAUAAAUAAUACUACAAUAACUUGAUUUUAGACACAAAUAUUUUAUAUGUAGAAUUUUUUAAAAUUUUUUCUUCUGAUGUUGUAAGUAUGCCUGAUACUAUAAAGCUAAGAAAAACGUUAAAUAUCACAUUUAAAAAAUGUCAUGCCAGAAUAAAGAUUGCCUUUGCAACCUUUCUUUAUGCA